AUGAUUUUUGCUGAAUUCUUACCAAUCGCAUUUGUAGUGGUAAUAUUUUUUUGGGUAAUUUUGUUAUUGAAAAAACAAGAUGAUUCUGAUGGUCUGUCAUCAAAACAGCCCUCAGUGCCAGUGAAAUUUGAGCGGUUGUCAACGUUAGAUCAAUUGAAUCUUUUACUCAACAACCUGGAAGAGCUUGAACAGCAAGACCUCAUCCCGUGUAAAACAAAACUGAAAACAGUAGCCGACCGUAUCAAAAAUGUGAACGGACUUCGGAUAAAAUCUGAACUCUUAUACAAAGAUGAACUGAUGCAAUACGAGGUUGCUAUCGAUUGGAUUAAGUCACCUGCUGAGUUUCGAAACAGGUGCGGACCACCCAACUUCUUUCCUGCGUACUCUCCCUUGACGGAGAGUGACAUGGAACGAUUAGCCGAGUUGGCUUUGCCACCGGUUGACUUUACCAGAACGCCAGUCGGACCAUCGCGGUGGUCAGUUGCUAGCGGUGAAUCGCCACUUCCGCCAGUGGACCAAUUUGUGGCAAAUAUUGUUUGCUUAAUGAUAGACAUUUUGGAUAUGGUAUGGAAAAUGAAAUCCAAAGUGAGUUCAUGGCCUUACACAGAACACUUUGCUGAACACGGUGGAUUGAUAGAUUUUCUGCGCCGUGCUAUUGUCGUUAGCGCUGAAGAAGAUAUGGACGGGAACAAAACGAUAUUCAUUUUGGAUAUUAUGGUACCAGCUAGUGUGACCCUAGACCGUAUUCCCGAAGUUAAUGCCACCGGGCUACCGAUAAGACCACUGAGGGGACUCUGCUGCACUCCGGUGAAGUACACGGAAUCGAAUGCAUAA